AUAAAAGAAGCGUUGGGACUUGGGAGUAUUAACAUUACAUGUAAAACGAAAGGCACUAAAAGAUAGAGAGAAUGGAGAAGAGAAUAGGAAUAGUUGCGUUCAGUCUUCAUCUCUGCAUCACCUUUGCUCUGGGUGACUACUACUCAAACACUCGUCCAUACACACCGAAACAAGAAGUGGUCACAAAUCUCCAUUUCUUCUUUCACGACACUCUCGGAGGACCAGACCCAUCAGCUGUCCUCAUUGCCAAGUCCGGAGGACACAACAGCUCUGCUCCGUCACCCUUCGGCUCUCUUUUAGCCGCUGAUGACCCUCUUACCGUAGGACCUGACCCGAAAUCUGAGAUGAUCGGGAACGCUAGAGGGAUGUAUGUUUCCUCUGGACAACAUGUCCCAACUUUGACAAUGUACAUCGACUUCGGAUUCACCUCAGGCAAGUUUAAUGGCAGUUCCUUCGCCGUGUUUUCGAGGAAUACGAUAAUGGACAAGGAGAGGGAGGUCGCUGUUGUUGGAGGUCGAGGAAGGUUUAGGAUGGCUAGAGGAGUUGCUCUACUCAAUACAUACUCUGUUAACUUGACCAAUGGUGAUGCUAUUGUUGAGUACAAUGUCACUCUCUAUCAUUAUUAAUGUGCUCGUGUCACUUGGAUUAAUAUAAUAAUACUAAGAAUAAUUAUAUAUUA